AUGACGGCUGAAGAAACAGUAAAUGUAAAAGAAGUUGAAAUUAUUAAGUUAAUUUUGGACUUCUUGAAUUCAAAGAAGCUUCACAUUAGUAUGUUGGCCCUUGAGAAGGAAAGUGGAGUCAUAAAUGGCCUGUUUUCAGAUGAUAUGCUUUUCCUGAGGCAGCUAAUUCUUGAUGGCCAGUGGGAUGAAGUUCUUCAGUUCAUUCAGCCUCUGGAAUGUAUGGAAAAAUUUGACAAAAAAAGGUUUCGUUAUAUUAUCCUGAAGCAGAAGUUUCUAGAAGCUUUGUGUGUUAACAAUGCAAUGUCAGCAGAAGAUGAGCCCCAGCAUGUAAGAUUUUUAUUCCUGAAGCUGGAAUUUACCAUGCAAGAAGCUGUGCAAUGUUUACAUGCCCUGGAAGAGUACUGUCCUUCUAAAGAUGACUAUAGCAAGCUCUGUUUGCUUUUGACUUUGCCUCGUCUCACCAAUCAUGCUGAAUUUAAGGACUGGAACCCCAGCACUGCACGAGUUCACUGUUUUGAAGAGGCUUGUGUCAUGGUCGCAGAAUUUAUUCCUGCUGAUAGGAAGCUCAGUGAGGCGGGCUUUAAAGCAAGUAAUAAUCGUUUAUUUCAGCUUGUAAUGAAGGGCCUACUUUAUGAAUGUUGUGUGGAAUUUUGUCAGAGUAAAGCAACUGGAGAAGAAAUUACAGAAAGUGAAGUGCUUCUUGGUAUUGACCUCUUAUGUGGUAAUGGUUGUGAUGAUUUGGAUCUGAGUUUACUGUCAUGGCUUCAGAAUCUUCCAUCUUCUGUGUUCUCAUGUGCUUUUGAACAGAAAAUGCUUAAUAUUCAUGUUGAUAAACUUCUGAAACCUACAAAAGCUGCAUAUGCUGAUCUUUUAACUCCUCUUAUCAGCAAACUUUCUCCCUAUCCGUCCUCCCCAUUGAGAAGGCCUCAAUCAGCUGAUGCCUAUAUGACUCGCUCUCUAAAUCCUGCUUUAGAUGGACUCACCUGUGGACUGACCAGUGAUAAGAGAAUCUCAGACCUUGGGAACAAAACUUCUCCAAUGUCACACUCCUUUGCUAACUUCCAUUACCCAGGAGUACAAAACCUUAGUAGAAGUCUCAUGCUUGAGAAUACAGAAUGUCACAGUAUUUACGAAGAAUCCCCUGAGCGAAGUGAUACUCCCGUUGAGGCACAGAAGCCUAUCAGCAGUGAAGUCCUGGGCCAGAGUUCAGUUUCAGAAAAAGAGCCUGCAAAUGGAUCACAGAAUCCAGUACCAGCUAAGCAAGAAAAAAAUGAGCUUCGAGAUUCAACAGAACAAUUUCAAGAAUAUUACAGGCAAAGAUUACGCUACCAACAGCAUUUAGAACAGAAGGAGCAACAACGACAAAUAUACCAACAGAUGUUGCUUGAAGGAGGUGUGAAUCAGGAGGAUGGUCCUGAUCAGCAGCAGAACCUUACUGAACAAUUCCUUAAUAGGUCCAUUCAAAAGCUUGGUGAAUUAAAUAUUGGAAUGGAUAGCCUUGGUAGUGAGGUGUCAGCACUCAGCCAGCAGUGUAAUGGGAGCAAGAGCAAUGGAUCUAACAGUUCUUCUGUGACAAGUUAUGCUACCCCACCCCAAGACUCUAGCCAGAGAGUAACACAUGAUGCUUCAAGUACUCACACAAGCAUUCCUCAUAAUUCUGGAUCAACAAAUCACAUACCUUUUCUUGAGGAAUCACCUUCAUGUGGAAACCAAAUCUCAUCAGAACAUUCGGUCAUUAAACCACCUCUUGGAGAUUCUUCAGGGAAGCUUUCAAGGUCAAGAGGGGAAGAGGAUGACAAAUCAAAAAAGCAGUUUGUUUGUAUUAAUACUCUAGAAGACACACAAGCUGUUAGAGCAGUGGCUUUUCAUCCAGGUGGUGGUUUAUAUGCUGUCGGCUCAAAUUCAAAAACCCUAAGAGUGUGUGCCUAUCCUGAAGUAAUUGAUCCAAGUGCACAUGACGUUCCUAAACAACCAGUGGUACGUUUUAAAAGGAAUAAACAUCACAAAGGAUCCAUUUACUGUGUGGCUUGGAGUCCCUGUGGACAGUUAUUAGCAACAGGCUCCAAUGACAAAUACGUCAAAGUUCUGCCCUUUAAUGCGGAGACUUGUAAUGCAACAGGACCGGAUCUGGAAUUUAGUAUGCAUGAUGGGACAAUUAGAGACUUGGCAUUUAUGGAAGGCCCAGAAAGCGGGGGAGCUAUUCUCAUAAGUGCUGGAGCGGGGGAUUGUAACAUUUACACCACAGAUUGUCAAAGAGGACAAGGCCUCCAUGCUUUGAGUGGACAUACUGGGCAUAUUUUAGCACUUUAUACCUGGAGUGGCUGGAUGAUUGCAUCUGGUUCUCAAGAUAAAACUGUUAGAUUCUGGGAUCUUCGAGUACCAAGUUGUGUUCGUGUUGUUGGCACAACAUUCCAUGGAACUGGCAGUGCAGUGGCAUCUGUAGCGGUAGACCCUAGUGGCCGUCUCUUAGCCACAGGCCAAGAAGAUUCUAGCUGCAUGUUGUAUGACAUAAGAGGAGGAAGAAUGGUACAAAGUUAUCAUCCUCACUCCAGUGAUGUUCGCUCUGUUCGAUUCUCUCCUGGCGCUCAUUACUUGCUAACAGGAUCUUAUGAUAUGAAAAUAAAGGUGACAGACCUGCAAGGAGACCUCACUAAGCAGCUUCCCAUCAUGGUGGUGGGAGAGCACAAGGACAAAGUGAUUCAGUGUAGAUGGCACACCCAGGAUCUAUCCUUCCUGUCGUCUUCUGCAGACAGAACUGUUACCCUUUGGACUUACAAUGGGUAG